AUGGCGUCUCUCCUCGCACAUCACCAUCAACAGCUCUUGGGCUUUGUACAGUCCUGCAACGUCUCCGACCUUAUCUUCCCGGGCAUCCAGCAGCUCACCAUGCCUCUCUCGUCACUCCUUCUCCUGGGCGCAUGUGCCUUCCAGUCGGCCUUUGCCCGGCCGGCCAGCGGGAAGCGCGAUCCCCAUAUCCUCAAGCGUGCCGUCGACUCGUACAUCGAGCGUGAGACACCUAUCGCCUGGAACAACCUGCUGUGCAAUAUCGGCGGUCCGAAUGGCUGCCGGGUCGCUGGCGCCGCCACCGGUGUUGUUGUUGCCAGCCCGUCCAAGGCAAAUCCGGAUUACUUUUACACCUGGACCCGUGAUGCAGCCCUUGUCUUCACCAGCGUCGUCGACUCCUUCUCACACACGUACAACAGCACUCUCCAGACCAACAUCCAAAAUUUUAUCGCCUCGCAGGCCAAGCUGCAGGGCGUCACCAACCCGUCGGGUGGCCUGUCGGACGGCGCCGGCCUGGGCGAGCCCAAGUUCCACGUCGACCUGACCCGCUUCAACGGCGAAUGGGGUCGCCCGCAGCGCGACGGCCCGCCGCUACGUGCGAUUGCGCUGAUCCGCUAUGCCAAGUGGCUCAUCAAGAACGGCUACGAGUCGACUGCUAAGACCGUCGUGUGGCCCGUCAUCCAGAACGAUUUGGCCUACACCGCCCAGUACUGGUCCGAGUCCGGCUUCGACCUGUGGGAGGAGGUCGCCGGCAACUCCUUCUUCACCGUCGCCAGCUCGCACCGUGCGCUCGUCGAGGGUGCCCAUCUGGCUGCUCAGCUCGGCCUCGAGUGCCGUGCCUGCACCACCGUCGCCCCGCACGUCCUGUGCUACCAGCAGACCUUCUGGAAUUCCAAUGGUAACUACAUCAACUCGAACCUGAACCACGGUCACAACCGCAGCGGCAAGGACGCCAACUCUAUCCUCGUCUCCAUCCACAACUUCGACCCCGCCGUCGGCUGCGACGCGGCGACCUUCCAGCCCUGCAGUGAUCGCGCCUUGGCCAACCACAAGGCCUACGUCGACUCCUUCCGCUCCGUCUACUCCAUCAACAGAGGCAUCUCCCAGGGCCGCGCCGUCGCCGUCGGCCGCUACAGCGAGGACGUCUACUACAAUGGCAACCCGUGGUACCUGGCCGUCUUUGCCGCCGCCGAGCAGCUCUACGACGCCCUCUACGUCUGGAAGAAGCAGGGUUCCAUCACCAUCACCUCUGUCUCCCUUCCCUUCUUCCGGGACCUCCUGCCCUCCAUCACCACGGGCACCUACAACUCUCGCUCCUCCACCUUCCAGUCCAUCAUCGACGCCGUCCAGACCUACGCCGAUGACUUCAUGGCCAUCGCCGAGAAGUAUACUCCCUCGGACGGCUCCCUGACCGAGCAAUUUGACCGCAACACGGGCGCACCCAUCGCCGCGCCCCACCUGACUUGGUCCUACGCCGCCUUCAUCACCGCCGCCGAGCGGCGCGCGGGCAUCGUCCCCGAGGGCUGGUCCGCGCAGUACGGCAACACCGUCCCCUCGUCCUGCUCGCGCACCCUGCAGGUGGCCGGCACUUACGCGACCGCGACCGCGACCUCCUUCCCGGCCAAACAGACCCCCAAAUCCGGCGCCGCCCCGGCUCCCUCGCCUUUCCCGACCACCUGCAAGAACGCGAACGAGGUGUACGUCACCUUUCACCACCGCGCCCAGACGCAGUGGGGCCAGACGGUCAAGUUGGUGGGCUCGAUCCCCGAGCUGGGCAGCUGGAACACGAACAAGGCGAUCCCGCUGAGCGCGGUCGGCUACACGGGCGAUAGCAACCCGCUCUGGAGCAUUACUGUGCCACUGAAGAAGGGGACGAGCUUUGAGUACAAGUUCAUCAAGGUCAACUCGAAUGGGUCGGUGCAGUGGGAGAGCGAUCCGAAUAGGAGCUUUACCCCGACCGCGAGCGGGAACUGCCCGAGUCAGACCCAGGAGGCUUCGUGGCGUUAG